CGCGCUUCGUUUCUUGUCUUUGACAGGCUUGAUUUAAAUAUCAAAACUCAUCGUUUCCCGCCUUUCAACUCCAGUGCAGCUCACACCUUCACCGCCGACUCGACGACCGGGCCACCGUGCGAACGUCCUCUAUCAACAGGUUUCUCUACUUUGGGUUGAUUUCCAAAUGGAAGGCGUUGGGUUACCGUUCGAAAACCUAAUUGGAGAUGCGGUUUCGAGUAUCCGAUUUGCUCCCCUAUCUAAUAAUCUCCUCAUUUCUUCUUGGGACUCUAAUCUUCGAUUGUACGAUGUAGAUGGCUCUCUGCUUAGAUUAGAAGCUCCCUCCCAAGCUGGACUUCUCGAUUGUUGUUUCCAGAACGAGUCCUUGGCUUUUAGCGCAGGUUCAGAUGGUUGCAUUAGAAGGUGUGACUUGCAUUCAGGAACUACUGAGACAAUUGGAAAUCAUCAUGAUAUAGCAACAUGUGUGGGAUAUAGUGAUGAAACAGGCCUAUUGUUUUCAGCUAGUUUAGACAAGAAUAUUAUGUCCUGGGAUAUGCGCUCAGCAAAGCCUCUGGUAUACCUAAUAAAUAUGGGUGCAGAAGUUGAGUCCAUUUCUCUCUCUAGGUCCGAUUUGAUGGUAGCUGUUGGUGCAUCAGUAAAGAUAUAUGACUUGCGAAACUUGGAGAGGCCAGUUCAUUUGAAAGAAUCGUGUACCAAAAUUCGAAUAAAGCGAAUUAGCUCAUUUCCUAGAGGUUAUGCUGUUGGUUAUGUAGAUGGACGGGUAGCAUUGGAGUUCUUGGAUCCAUCCAAUUUAAAUGAAGGAUAUACUUUCCGGUGUCAUCCAAAGUCUAUGGAUGGAAGAGCACAUCUAGUUCCAAUUAAUGACAUAGUUUUCAAUCCACUUGUAAGUGGCACUUUUGUGACUGGUGAUAAUGAUGGCUACAUUAUCACAUGGGAUAAUGAAAGCAAAAGAAGAUUAUACGAGUUUCCCAGAUACCCCAAUAGUGUGGCGUCUUUAUCAUUCAACCAUGGGGGAGAUCUUUUGGCCAUUGCAUCCAGCUAUACUUACCAAGAAGCCAGUGAAAUGGAAGCGACCCCUCAAAUAUUCAUACAGAAGAUGGAAUACUGCUAGGUGAUUUGGACUAGUUCUCAGUCGGAAUAAAUAUUUGUACAAUACUUGAUGGAAAAGUUAGUUCAAAUCAUCACAACCAUAUUUGCCUCUGGUAUUAUGGAAUUGGACCCAAGAAUCCACACCUUUGGAUUAAACUGCUGUCCAACUUGCUUGAGCGAGUUUCAACAUAUCUCAUCUGGUUCAUGGCUUCUUUCCGAGCUUGGUAAUUCAGUUCAGAGAGGGAUCGGGCUAAUCUUGUUGGAACUCUUUCUCGGGUAGAAAUUGAAAGCAGGUAAAAUUUUUGUUUUUAUUUUUCAUUUUUUAGCCUAGAAAAAGAGCUGUGUUUAAAAAUAGAUGUUGUACAAUAUGUCCUUUUUUAUUUUAAUUAUUUAUUAUUGUUGUUAUUAUUAUUAUUAAUGUAAAACUUAUGCCUUUGAUGGAUGCAACUUUGAGUGAUGGUGUUAAAACAUUUUUAUUAUUACAAUACAUUCCAUUGUUCAUUUUUGUUUCCCGGUUGAACUUUCCUAAGAGUAUUUUUUUGAAUGUACAAUUAGACCUCCCAAGAGUCUGUUUGACAAAAUAGAAAAUGUUGAAAAUUUUUUUCAAGAUGAUUGCAUCAGUGCUGUGGAAAUCAACUUGUGCACACUGUUUGAU